AUGGCUAUAGGGGCUGCGUUUGGUGCGGUCGAACCGAAAAGCAUUGAGAUUGCCAUAGAUCGUGGCGGGACAUUCACCGAUGUUUGGGCCAAGAUCCCCGGGCGCAAAGACCUGGUCAUCAAGUUGCUCUCAGUGAACCCGGAGAGCUACGAUGACGCGCCAGCAGAAGGAAUUCGACGUGUAUUAGAAACCGUCACGGGACGCAGCCUGCCACGUUCAGAGCUGCUCCCAAAGGACCUGCUUCGUUCCAUACGCAUGGGAACAACAGUAGCGACUAAUGCUCUGCUCGAACGUAAAGGAACGCAGCAUGCACUCGUUGUCACUGAAGGGUUUCGCGAUGUACUCGAAAUUGGCUAUCAGUCUCGUCCGAAGCUUUUCGAGAUUGCCAUCAAAAAGCCAGAUCUUCUCUAUGACGAAGUCUGUGAGAUCUCAGAGCGGAUUGCCUUUGAAGGCUUUCCCGAAGACCCCAGGUUUGGUCUUGCUGAGACACCUGGGGUUCUGGUGAAGGGCAUCACGGGAGAUCUUCUCCGAAUUCUGAAGCCCCUUGAUGAAAAUGAGGUUCGAGAGAAGUUGUCAGCCAUCCGUGCAAAGGGUAUUGAUGUUAUUGCCAUCUGCCUGGCGCAUUCCUACCUGUACCCGAACCAUGAAACCCGUGUGGCUGAGAUUGCUGCUGAGCUUGGCUUCAGUCACAUCUCCGUGUCGUCCACCGUUGCUGGCGGCAUGGUCAAAAUGAUCCCACGUGGUAGCUCUGCUACAGCAGAUGCCUAUCUGACCCCCAAGAUCAAGGAAUACGUAUACGGAUUUGCUCGCAGAUUCAAAGACAACAAUCUCGAUAGUGUGAACUGCCAGUUCAUGCAGAGUGAUGGUGGUCUCACGAGUUACGACAAGUUUAAUGGUCUUGGUGGUAUUCUGAGCGGCCCCGCCGGCGGCGUUGUUGGUUAUGGCAGAACAUCCUAUGAUGGCAGUACUCCCCUUAUCGGCUUCGACAUGGGCGGUACCAGCACCGACGUCUCACGUUUCGGUGGUAAUUUCGAGCAUGUGUUCGAGACGACAACGGCAGGCGUGUCGAUUCAGAGUCCCCAGCUAGACAUCAACACUGUUGCUGCGGGCGGCGGCAGCAUGCUCUUCUGGACGAACGGUCUGUUCAAGGUGGGACCAGAGAGCGCUGGUGCCCAUCCUGGCCCUGCCGCGUAUCGCAAAGGCGGGCCGUUGACCGUGACAGAUGCUAAUCUCUUCCUCGGCCGCAUCCUGCCAUCAUUCUUUCCCGCCAUCUUUGGCCCUAAUGAGGAUCUGCCUCUCGACACCGAGGUCGUCGCUCAAAAGUUCGAGGAGCUGACGAAGGUUAUCAACGCCGAGACUGGACGUUCCAUGACACCUCAGGAAGUAGCUUACGGUUUUCUCACCGUUGCCAACGAGUCGAUGUGCCGGCCCAUCCGCGCCAUUACAGAGGCCCGUGGCUUUGAAACAAGACAGCACAAUCUUGCUGUCUUUGGAGGGGCUGGCGGCCAGCACGCUUGCGAAAUCGCAGCCAAGCUCGGUAUUCAACGGGUGAUCAUCCACAAGUACUCCAGUAUUCUAUCUGCCUAUGGAAUAGCCCUUGCCGAGGUGGUUCAGGAGGCGCAAGAGCCGAGCAGUGAGAAUCUGUCAGAUGAAGCGCUUGUCAAACUCGAUGGCAGAAUCAGCGUGCUCAAGAAGUCUGUCAUGGGAAGCCUGUUGUCUCAAGGAGUCUCCCCUGAGGCCAUCGAACACGAAUUAUACCUGAACCUGAGAUACCACGGCACAAACACCAACUUUAUGAUACAGCAGCCCGAAGAUGGCGAUUGGCGUGCUGCGCUCGAGUCGACCCACCUACGGGAGCUGUCCUUCUCCUUCCCUCACGACCACAGAGUCGUCGUAGAUGAUGUGCGAGUCCGUGGCGUCGGGAAGGGUGGUAAUACUACGACAGACUCCGAUGUCCUCGUGAAGGAAUUGGCCAACGUCAAAUUCUCAGAAUCGACGAUUGAGAGCGCUGCAAUGACACCCGUGUUCUUCUCUGGGGAGCUUUUAGACUCCAAGGUUUAUAAAUUAGAUCGAAUUCCCAACGGCAGUGCGAUAUCCGGGCCCGCUAUCGUGAUCGACAACACCCAGACCAUUGUUGUGGUGCCUGGUGCUGUGGCCAAGAUUUUGUCCUCCCACGUGGUCAUCGAGAUGCCUUCAGCUCCUGUUCAGGACGCAGGCGACGAAACCACCAGGUUUGUCGAUCCGAUCAAGCUCAGUGUCUUUUCGCACCGUUUCAUGAGCAUUGCCGAGCAAAUGGGUAUGGCCCUCCAGAAGACCAGCAUCUCAUUGAACAUCAAAGAGAGGCUGGACUUUUCUUGCGCCAUCUUCGGCCCCGGUGGAGACUUGGUUGCCAAUGCACCACAUGUCCCUGUUCAUCUCGGCAGUAUGAGCUAUGCAGUCAAGUACCAACAUGAACUACACAAGGGCAACCUCAAACCAGGAGAUGUUCUCGUAACCAAUCAUCCAGAGGCCGGAGGCACCCAUCUGCCCGAUAUUACCGUCAUUACCCCAGUUUUUGAGAAUGAUGGCAAGACUAUCUGCUUCUAUACCGCCUCUCGUGGCCAUCACACAGACAUUGGUGGUCUGGAAGGGACAUCUAUGCCUCCUAAUUCCACUUUCCUGUGGCAGGAAGGUGCCUUGAUCAAGUCCUUCUUCCUUGUCCGUGAUGGGCACUUUGAUGAAGAGGGCAUCUGCAAGAUCCUGACCGAGCCAGGCAAAUACCGUCGGGUCACGCCCAGCCGCAAGAUCAACGAGAAUCUAUCAGACCUCAAGGCUCAGAUCGCGGCCAACGCCAAGGGAAGCCAGCUUAUUGCCACGCUAAUGGCAGAGUACGGCCGGCCUACCGUUCAUUUCUACAUGGCAGAGAUCCAGCGCAAUGCUGAAAUGGCUGUGCGCUCGUUCCUCAAGCAGACCCGCGAGAGGAGGGGGCCCGUCGUCCUCCAUGCCGAAGAAGGUAUGGAUAAUGGCGCCAUCAUGAAGGUCGCCAUCACUAUCGAGGAGGAUGGCGGUGCCACCUUUGACUUCACCGGCACGUCGAACGAGAUGUACGGCAACUUCAACGCCCCUCCUGCGAUCACAAACUCGGCCAUCAUUUACAUCCUCCGGCUCCUCAUUGGCGUCGACAUUCCUUUGAAUCAGGGAUGCCUGGCUCCUGUCAACGUGAUCAUUCCAAAGGGCUGCUUCUUGAACCCGUCGGCAGGAGCAGCCGUGUGCUGCGGAAAUACGCAUACGUCCCAGCGCCUAGCUGAGCUUCUGAUCAAGGCCUUUGAUGCAGCGGCUGCAUCGCAGGGAGACAUGAACUGCGUGGCAUUCUUUGGGGUUUCUGGAUACGACAGCGACGGAACUCCGCAGUUGGCUUACGGUUACAAAUAUGGUGAGACGAUCUGCGGAGGAGAAGGAGCUUCAGAGGGCCACCAUGGUGUCUCUGCUGUUCAAAUCCACAUGACUAACACUCGGACAACGGAUAUCGAGUUGUUGGAAAGACGUCUGCCCAUUCUCAUUCGAGAGUUCUCUAUCCGACGAGGCAGUGGGGGACGGGGCAAAUGGAAUGGGGGCGACGGAAUCGUCCGCUCGUUCGAGUGCCGCGUUCCCUUGACAUUCUCCAUCAUCACCGAACACAGAGUUCGAAAGCCGUUCGGGAUGAAAGGAGGUGAAGAUGGCUCCCUCGGUGUAAACUUUUGGGCACGGGGAGAACCGGACGGCAGCUACAAGUGGAUCCAGUGUGGUCCCCGGGGUCUCAUUGAGAUGGAGACUGGUGACAGGUUUGUUAUUCACACGCCUGGCGGCGGCGGCUGGGGCAAGCCGGUAGAGCAAGUCACGAACGGCCAUGCUGAUAGAGUUGCUCUGACGAAUGGGCAUACAAAUGGGCAUACGGGAGGAGAUGGCGGUGCCGAGCCAUACCCUCGUGCCUCAGGGAGCUACCACAAUUUCCUCUCGGAGCAAUUGGCAGCAUCGUGA